GGUCCCGCACGCCGUGUUCCCAUUGGCCGGCGGUGUUCCCUCUGUUUUUACAUCGCUGCCGUCAGUUGUGCUUUCAAGUUUGUUUUACACAUUCUGGCGCACAUACACACCACACAUGUGCAUGCACGCGUAAAUAUACACAUUGGGGUUCAGGGCCCGCACACGUGCACACUCGGACACGGGACUCUACGCACACACAUACACACACACUGUCAGACGAAAGUGGGAGACAGAGUGAGUAAUCCUGACCACGCAGUGCAGAGGAGAGUGAGGUGACCUGUGGCUGUCUAGAGAGACAGCCUGGUGUCCAAACGUUGAGGCAUCAUGAUGCCCAUCAUGGCUGUGUAUCUGAGCCUCCUCAUGCUGGCCCCAUGUGUGUUUGGACAGGAGCUCCCAUCAGGCCCUCAUGGCUGCACGGAGGGAAGCUGUUACCCUGCGACAGGAAACCUUCUGAUUGGACGGGCUGUCAAUCUAACCACCACCUCUACUUGUGGCCUGAACGGGCCCGAACAAUACUGCAUUGUCAGCCAUCUGCAGGAGUCAGACAAGUGCUUCGAGUGUAACUCACAACAUCGCUACGACCCGUCUCGCCACAGAAACAGCCACCGCAUAGAAAAUGUCAUCUACCUCAUGGACAGAAAUGGAGACAACACCUGGUGGCAGUCUGUCAACGGAGAGGAGCAUGUCAGCAUCAGACAGGACCUGGAGGCUGAAUUCCACUUCACACAUCUCAUCAUGAAGUUUAAGACUUUCCGACCUGCAGCUAUGAUCAUCGAGCGUUCAGCUGAUUUCGGCCGCACAUGGCGCCCCUACCGCUACUUUGCCUCAAACUGCACCAGGACCUUUCCAACCAUCGCCGCCAAUGGCCUGCACCACAUCAACGACGUCAUCUGCGAGGAGCGCUACUCCGACAUCGAACCCUCCACUAAUGGAGAGGUCAUUUAUAAGGUUUUGGAUCCUGCCAUUCAUGUGAAAGACCCCUACAGCUUGGACAUCCAAGAGCUUCUGCGUAUCACCAACCUGCGUAUUAACUUUACCAAGCUCAACACUCUCGGAGACGACCUUCUGGACCGACGCUUUGACGUCCUGCAGAAAUAUUACUUUGCCAUCUAUGAGCUGGUGGUCCGAGGGAGCUGCUUCUGUUACGGACAUGCCUCAGAGUGCGCCCCAGUGCCAGGCGUGGACGCCCGGGAGAACGGCAUGAUUCACGGUCGCUGUGUAUGCAAACAUAAUACAGAGGGCCUGAACUGCGAGCGCUGCAGACAUUUCCACAACGACCUGCCAUGGAGACCAGCAGAGGCAGAGAACCCACACACCUGCAGAGAGUGUAACUGUAACAGCCACUCCAGCCAGUGUCACUUCGACAUGGCGGUGUAUUUGGCUACAGGCAACACCAGUGGAGGAGUGUGUGACGACUGUCAGCACAACACUAUGGGACGCAACUGUGAGAUGUGCAAACCUUUCUACUACCAAGACCCCGUUAGAGAUAUCAGGGACCCUCAAGUCUGUGUUGCUUGUGACUGUGACCCAGUCGGCUCGCUGGAGGGAGGAGUGUGUGACAGUCACACCGACCCAGACAUGGUGAUGAUCGCAGGCCAGUGCCGCUGCAAAGCCAACGUCAAAGGCAUACGCUGCGACGACUGCAAGGAGAGUUAUUAUGGACUGAGUCAGAACGACCCGCUGGGCUGUCAACCCUGCAACUGUGAUCCUCGCGGCAUCAUCAUGAUGGGAGCUCCCUGCGACCAGAUCAGUGGCGACUGCUCCUGUAAAAGAUAUGUCACCGGCCGCUACUGUAACCAGUGUCUGCCUGAGUACUGGGGGCUCAGUAACGACCUGGCCGGCUGCAGACCGUGUGACUGUGACUUCGGUGGAGCCUUCAACAACAGGUGCAUGAUGGAGAACGGCCAGUGUGACUGCAGGAGGCAUCUGAUUGGUCGACAGUGUUCGGAAGUUCAGCCUGGCUAUUUCUGUGCUCCGCUGGACUACUACAAAUACGAGGCCGAAGAUGCCACCGGAUCAUCUCCUGGUGACUCAGCACUGCCGGGCAAAGUUCGUCCUCAGGCAGAGACCGACUGUGUUCAGCACCUCAGUAACCAGCUCAGGAGGCACCGCCGUCACCGUCGCAUCACCCAGUCAAACUCUCAGCAACAUCGGGCAGCACUGAGACGUAUCCGCCAGCUUCAACAAACACCGGAUAUGACUCAUGUUCAUAGAGAGCGCACUCCCAGCCACAUGGUGACAUGGACAGGACCUGGCUUUGCCCGUGUCAAAGAUGGUGCCGGUUUGGUUUUCACUAUCGACAACAUCCCCUACGCCAUGGAGUAUGACAUCAUGAUCCGCUACGAACCUGAGUCCACAGAGGACUGGGAGGCUAUAGUGAGUAUUACAUCUGUCCUGCUGCCGUCCAGUCUGCGGUGUGGAAACCUCCUACCAACUGAACAGCUCUACACAGUGACUCUGCCUCACCGCAACAGAUACAUCCAGAUGCCCAGGCCAUUCUGUUUCGAGCCCAGUAAUCGUUACGUGGUUGCAAUCAGGUUCCAGCGCCAUGGGGUCUCACACAGGCAUCUGACUGCCUUCAUUCUUAUCGACUCGCUGGUUCUGAUCCCCAAAUACACUGAGCUUCCUGGACUUCAAGGUAACGAGCCGGAGGCAGAGCAGCGGCGGGAGGAGAUGAUUCGAUACAUGUGUCUGGAUUCCUUUAUGAUCACGCCCAUGCCCGCCCUGGCUGAGAUGUGCUCCAAACUCAUCUGUAGCAUUUCAUCCAUCAUUCACGAUGGUGCACUGUCCUGUCAGUGUGACCCUCAGGGCUCCCUCAGUGGUGAGUGUGACAGAGUGGGAGGUCAGUGUCGUUGUAAGGCGAACGUGAUGGGUCGACGCUGUGACCAGUGUGCACCAGGAACCUACGGCUUUGGAGUAAACGGCUGCACUGCCUGUGACUGCCACUCAGAGGGCUCACUGAGCCACCAGUGUGACCCGGCUACAGGCCAGUGCCAGUGCAGGCAGGGAGCCACUGGGCGCCAGUGUUCAGACUGCCAGUCCGGCCAGUGGGGCUUCCCUAGCUGCAGCCCCUGUCAGUGCAACGGCCACGCUGACCUCUGUGACCCCCACACCGGGGAGUGUAGAGACUGCAGGGACUACACAGCAGGACAUAUGUGUGAACGCUGUGUGGAUGGGUUCUUUGGAAACCCGGUGCUGGGUUCAGGGGAGCACUGUCGGCCCUGCCCCUGCCCUGGAAACCCCGGCUCAGACCACUUUAACGCCCACUCCUGUCAAGCUGACCACACCUCCAACCAGAUCAUCUGCAACUGCAGACAAGGCUACACUGGGCCCCGCUGUGACCAGUGCGCCCCAGGUUACUAUGGAAACCCAGAGCAACCUGGUGGGCAGUGCCUUCCGUGCAGUUGCAGCGGCAACAUCGACACGAAGGACCCUGAGUCAUGUGACCCCAGAACUGGCCAGUGCCUCAAGUGCCUGUACCACACCGACGGUCCGUCCUGUGCCCACUGUCAACACGGUUACUAUGGCAACGCUCUGGCCCACGACUGCAGACGCUGUACCUGUGUGACUGCUGGCACCGUCCCGUCUGCCUGCACUGAUGGACAGUGUUACUGUGACCGUGAAACCGGGGCCUGCCCUUGCAGGCAGAACGUUGCCGGCCAUAACUGUGACCAGUGUGCUGCUAACCACUGGAACUACGGUCAGGACUACGGCUGUGAGCCGUGUGGCUGCCACACACAACACGCACUGGGGACUCACUGCAACAUGUUCACAGGCCAGUGCCACUGUCGUCCUGGCUUUGGAGGUAAACAGUGCACCGACUGUGAGCAGUUCCACUGGGGGGACCCGCAGGUGCAGUGUCAAGAGUGUAACUGCCACCCGCUGGGCUCAGAGAUGGCCCAGUGUGACCCAUUAACUGGGGUGUGUGAGUGCAGGGAGGGAGCGGCGGGGAAGCGCUGCGAUGAAUGCGCUCGUGGCUUCACCGGCGACUUCCCCAGGUGCGUCCAGUGUCACCCGUGCUUCCAGCUGUGGGACGAUGCAGUGUGCCAGAUCAAAAGGGACCUGGAUCACAUCCAGUACACCGUGGAGAAGAUCCUGGAGAGCGGAGUCACCCCGGGGGUGGAGGACUCACACAUCAAAGAGCUGGAGAGGAAGCUGAAACAGGUUCAGGAUCUGAUCAGUGGGGAGGACAGCGAGAGGGUCCACCAGCUGAUUGGACAGAGUAUUGAUGACCUCAGGGCUGAGAUCGCCCUGACCGACGGGCGUCUGAUGGAGGUCACCCGAGAGCUUAAUACCACAGCAGAAGAAGAAACGGCACUGAGACACACAUUGAGUGGCCUAGAGAGAGAGCUGAGGGACAUCAACACCACUGUGGCUGACAAACGACGCCUGCUGGAUGAUUACCUCACCAGAGGAUUUGCAGAUCAGUUUGAGAAAGUGAAGAAGUUCUAUCAGGAGUCAGUGAGGGCUGAGUUGAAAUGCAACGCCUCGGUGUACGGUCCUCUCAGUCCUGUUGAACAGUCCAAAGAAACCCGUGCUGUCACUGAAGACCUGCUGGACGCCAGGAAAGACAAGUUCCUCCGCGCUGUGGCUGCUCAGAACAAAUCAUUAAACGAGCUGCAACAGAAAGCUCAUGACCUGGAUAAGAAGGUGCAUCACCUCAGUCACAAGGUAUGUGGUGGUCACAGCAAUGCUAGUGUCAACGGCAGCUGCCCAGACAGCCGAUGCGGCGGCGCCGGUUGUCGUGACGAUGAGGGCAGUCGUGUAUGUGGAGGAGAGGGAUGCAACGGGACAGUGAGCGCUUCUCUCUCAGCUCUGAAUCACGCCCGGAACGCCACCGACAGCCUGAGCGCCGCCAACGAGGAGCUACAGAGCGUGGCCAGAAAGCUCCAGGAUAUAGCCUCUCUGACACAGGAUGUGAAGAACCAGGCGAAGAACACACUGGAGAAAGCGCAGAAGAAGAAGGACCACUUUGAAAACACAAACAAGAAGCUCAAAGAUUUCAUUAAGAAGAUCAAAGACUUCCUCACUGAGGAGGGAGCAGAUCCCGAGAGCAUAGAGAAGGUGGCUCUGCAGGUGUUGUCCAUCACCCUGCCGGUCAACAGGACCGCUCUGGACAGGAUGGUCAUGCAGAUAAAGGACAGCCUCUCUAACCUCACGAACAUGGAGGGGAUCAUCAACCAAACCUCACAGCACAUCGGCAAAGCCAAGGAGCUGCUCAACGACGCUAAAGAUGCUAAGAGUCGAGCAGAGGGAGUGAAGGAUGUAGCCAAUAAAACCAAGCAGGCCUUGGAUGAGUCUGAGAAGGCCAUAGAGAAAGCAGGAGCAGCCCUGAAGGAGGCCCGCAGCAACCUCAACAGCACAAGGAAUGCUACAGCUGAGGUGGAUGAGAGGCUGACGCAGCUGGAGGAGAAGCAGAUGGAUGUCAUGAUGCGUUUAAACAACCUCUCCAUGGAGGUGGAAGCUCUGAGGAACAAGACAGAACAGAACAGGCGGAUGGCAAAGGACGCCAAAGCACUGGCUAAUAACGCUACGCACCUCGCAACCUCACUGGAGCAGAGCCUCAACGACACAGAGAAACGGUACCAGGAGCUGCAGGAGAAGGUGGACUCUCUGGGUGGGGAGCCUGGAGCCAACCUCGACCAGAAGGCCAAGGACAUGAAGAAGGAGGCAGAAGACCUCCUCAGCAAAGCCACCAAGGGGAUAGAACAGCUCAAGAAACUGGAGAAAAAGUUCAAGAGUAACGAGCAGCGGAUGGAGAAGCAGCGCAUGGAGCUGGACGAGCUGAAAGAAAACGCCACGGUGGCUCGGGACGAGAUCCGGGCUCAAGUUCAGAAGUACAGCAGCUGUGAGUGAGGAUGUUACACUUCCUGUUUACCGUUUGCUGCUGUAGGCCGGAGCAGAGUCGAGACUGAUUAUAACUGUGACUGGGACAGAAAACUACAUGGCCCAUCAAACUUAAACGCUGCUUUGGUACCUCUAUUCUUUCACUGCUAUAUCAAGUUUUACACAUUACCUGUCAAGUGUUAUAUCACACAAAGAGCCUUCCUCUGUCCAUGUACUGUACCACUGUUUGACUCUGAGACAGCCACACUCUUCUUAAUGGUGUUUGUCUUUAAGCUAUUACAACAAGUGGAUGACCUGUGGAUUUGUUUCAUUGUAUAGGCUAUGAUCAUUCAUUUCAUGAAUAAUAAUAAACAGAAGAAAUAUAUCAGAAUAUGUUAUCAGAAAUUUGUUAUUUUGACCAAAAGUGCUUUCAAGAUUUUGUAUGUUUUUGCUGUAAUUUGACCACAUUAGUAUGGUAUUUACAAUAUGACAUUCCUAUUAAGAAAUAUGCAGAAAAGUAUGAUUUUUAAAAUGAAAUGUGUUUAUUUUUUAUUACAAAAGAAACUUUUGAUUAAAUACAUAUAAAUGCAUACACAAUAUUCUUAUAAGCUAAAUUCAUUCUGACGUGUGAUGAUGGAGAAAAAAUAAAUUUGAUACUGUUUAUGUAAAUUCAUCAUGUGUCCUGUUUCUGUUGUUGAACACAUUGUGACAGUAAAUAUGUUGUUUCAUAAAUUGUCACAAGGGGGCGCCGUCUACUUAACAAGCCACUGUGU